AGAUUUUCUGUGUAUAAAGCUCGCGCCACGGGAGUCCCCGCACGCGGACGCCGGCACAUUCGCGAAACCCAUCGCAUCGGCCAUCCCCGCGGCUGCCUCCUCCUCGAUCCAUCCGGGAGAGAUUUCUCUUGCCUGCUCGUCUCUCUCGCACCCGCCGGCCGGCCGGUGCUCUUCCCGGCCCACUUCGUUUCGAUCGACCAUGGCGGCUUCCGUCCCCAACGGUAGUCCCACUGUCAGCUCUCUCGCGACGACUGUUCCCGUCCAGGCGGUUCUGUUCGACAUCGACGGGACGCUGUGCGACUCGGAUCCCCUCCACCAUCUCGCUUUCCAAGAGCUGCUUCUCGAGAUUGGGUACAACAACGGUGUGCCGAUAGACGACGAGUUCUUCAUCAAGAACAUCGCUGGGAGGAGUGACGUCGAAGCUGCCCAGAACCUGUUCCCGGACUGGCCCCUUGAGAAGGGGCUCAAAUUCCUGGAUGACAAGGAAGCGAAAUACAGAAGUUUGGCAAAAGAGCGCUUGGUACCUGUAAAGGGCCUCGAGAAAGUGGUUCAGUGGGUCAAAGACCACGGGUACAAGCGCGCAGCAGUAACCAAUGCCCCAAGGAUCAACGCGGAGCUCAUGAUCUCCCUUCUGGGCCUGUCAGACUUCUUCCAGGCCGUUAUCAUUGGAGGCGAAUGUGAGCAGCCAAAGCCUGCGCCAUACCCUUACCUCAAGGCCCUCAAGGAGCUUGAGGUGUCUGCACAGCACACCUUCAUCUUUGAGGAUUCUCCUUCUGGUAUACGGGCAGGCGUCGCAGCAGGAAUGCCUGUUGUUGGUUUAGUGACAAGGAACCCAGAGAACUCAUUGCUGGAAGCAGGAGCCGCGUUGCUCAUCAAGGAUUACGAAGAUCCAAAGCUCUGGGCAGCACUUGAUGAGAUCGACAGAGAGGAAGCGAAGCUGAAGGCUAGCGCAUGAUAUGAUCUGAUGAUAAACAAUUGAUUAAUUAGAUUUAUUGCCGAUCGAAGUUGGCUCAAAUACAUUUCUGUUCCUAGUUAUGCUGCAGCUGUGACCGUGAGUAACGGCAGAGAUAGCUCAUCAGGGUCUUUUUGAGACUAGUUUGGUAUAUUAUGUCCUUUUUUCUUGAUGGAACUGAAGACUAAAUAAGAACUCAGGAGUCUUCUGCCAGCGGUUACGAUUGUUUGGUGGAUACGAGUAUGGGAUUCGCUCUGUGAAAAUUGACUAAGCAGUUGUGCCUCGUUGCGUAUCAUCUGUGUAUUAA